GCGCUGAGGCGCCGGCGGGUGGGGCGGCCGUGGCCGCGGUCAGGCGCCCCGCCCGCGGUUUGGAUCCGUAUCUCCUCCUCCGGCUGCGGGGACACCGUGAGGCAUGGUGGGCUAUGACCCCGAGGCCAAGUGCGUCUCCUCGGCGGAAGCGGCUGCAGCAGGAUCAGCAUCUGGCUUCGUCACUCGGGUCCUUGUCAGUCCCUUGGAUGUCAUCAAGAUCCGCUUUCAGCUUCAGAUCGAGCAGCUCUCCUCCAGAAGCCCAGGGGCUAAGUAUCAUGGUAUCUUGCAAGCUGUACAGCGCAUCUUUCAGGAAGAGGGAUUGAAAGCCUUCUGGAAGGGCCAUGUUCCUGCUCAGUUCCUUUCAGUUGGCUACGGAGCCGUCCAGUUCAUGGCGUUUGAAAGCCUGACAAAACUGGUGCAUGACGUCACCUCGUAUGAUGCCCGUGAUUCCUUUGUGCACUUCGUCUGCGGAGGACUGGCUGCUUGCACGGCCACUGUGGCAGUUCAGCCUGUUGACACGCUGCGCACCCGCUUUGCUGCUCAGGGUGAGCCUAAGAUCUAUCGCAACCUUCGCCAUGCAGUGGUGACCAUGUACCACACAGAAGGGCCUCGGACUUUCUACAGAGGUUUGACCCCCACAAUCAUUGCUAUCUUCCCAUAUGCUGGUCUCCAGUUCUCCUUCUACAACAUCCUGCAACAUUUUUCUGAAUGGAUGAUUCCAGCUGAAGGCAAGAAAGGAGGCAACGUUAAAAACCUUGUUUGUGGCAGCUGCGCUGGAAUCAUCAGCAAAACCCUCACUUACCCUUUUGACCUGUUCAAAAAACGACUGCAAGUGGGGGGCUUUGAGCAUGCCCGGGCAGCCUUUGGGCAGGUACGGAUGUACAGGGGUCUCCUGGACUGCGUAAGGCAGAUCAUGCGAGAGGAGGGCCCGGGUGGAUUCUUUAAGGGCCUUUCUCCCAGCUUGCUGAAGGCUGCUGUCUCUACUGGCCUUAUCUUCUUUUGGUAUGAGCUGUUCUGCAGCCUCCUGUGUGCCCUGAAGAGCCCUGACAGCACUGCGAGGAAGGAGGGCUGAAAGGGGGGCAUGGAUGUGGCUUCCUGGUGUUCUCCUGGAGGAGGGGAGCCUGAUGGCCUCGCUCUGCUGUGAGCCUGUGGGAAACAUCAGAGCUCCCAGAGCUCCACCAGCCUGUAGGAAAUCACCUCCUGGGACCAAGCAGAAGGAGAAGGCACUGAACUGCUUUGCUGAAAGUUGUUCAACUGAGCACUUUUGUUUUUUCUGUUUCCUCUAAUAUCAGUGCACAUGUAGUGGGGGGAAUGAGGAGCCAAGCAGACAGCUACCUUCCAGAGGCUGUGCUCUGAAAAGGCACCCCAUAGAGUGGGUGAAUUCCUGUUGCUUGCCCUGGAUCACCCAGAGGGAUCCUGGCUUAAGUGCUGCUUAACCAACAUAACAUCACCUCCUAUCACUGCAUCUGCACACCUUUAUUUCCUUGCUUAUGGCCUGCUGUUUGCACCAUAUUCUUUUCUCUGUGUUGCACAGCUCUGUCCUGCUGUUGUGAAGUCAGUUAAAACCUCUUUAGUGAGCACAGAACCUCAGUUUUCUUUUUCUUUGCUGCCAGCUGCUGCUUCUUGAUUCCCACUCGCUGGCCAUGCAUUCUCAGCCACCUUAAACACAGAACCUUCUAGUAGAUCACGCUGACCCCAACUUUCUUUAACUCUCAUGAGCUUGAUUGUAUCUUAAGUGCCCAUUUCUCUUCCUGUGUAUCUUGCCAUACAUCUCUUACAUCGC